AUGUCCGAAAGAAAAGUUUUAAACAAAUACUAUCCGCCGGAUUUCGAUCCGUCGAAAAUCCCGCGGAUGAAAUUACCAAAAAACCGUCAAUACACUGUUCGUCUAAUGGCCCCCUUCAACAUGAGAUGCGAAACUUGCGGAGAAUACAUUUACAAAGGCAAGAAAUUCAACGCCCGUAAAGAAGACGUUGAGCACGAAGAUUAUCUGGGUAUUCGCAUCUAUAGAUUUUACAUCAAGUGCACGAGAUGUUUGCAAGAAAUAUCAUUCAAAACUGACCCGAGAAAUACGGACUAUGAGAUCGAGGCUGGUGCUACCAGGAACUUCAUGGCUCUUAAAUUGGCAGAGGAGCAAGCACAGAGGGAAGAAGAGGAAGCCAAAGAAGAAGAAGCCAAUAAUCCAAUGAAGCUUUUGGAAAACAGGACCAAACAAUCAAAAAAUGAAAUUGAACUUUUGGAAUCCUUAGAAGAAUUAAAAGAUUUAAAUAAGAGGCAACAAGUGAUUGAUUAUGAUACGAUGUUGUCUGGAUAUGAUCCACGUUUAUCUCAGCAAGAAAGAGAGGAGAGGUUGAAGCAACUAGAUGAAGAUUAUAUUAAGACAGUUAAGUUCAGCAAUCCAAAUAAAAGAAAACUAGUAGUGGAAGAAGAGAUUAUUGAAGAAGAAACUUCUAAAGUCAUAAGAAGUGACAAACCAACAACAUCAACUGCAACUUCAAGUAGUUGGUCACUAAACACAACUAAAUCAAAAGCUGCUUUGGUCAAAAAACCAUUAGUGGGCCUAGUUAAAGUCAAAAAUAGCGAAGAUAAGAAAACCAAUUUUGAAGAACCUAAGGCAACAUUAACCAGUAAUACUGUACUUAACAACUCGUUUGAGAACUUACGUGGUGACUUUCCAAAUUUCUCCAAGAAUCCUAGAAGAACAUCACAAUCGAAAAUAGUGACUGAAAGGACAUAA